AUGACGUCUGUUCGACUUGUCCGCCGUACUAUCAUGGUGGUGUCUCAGGAGGGAACCCCAUUAAGAUCAGGGUUCCCGCGCAUUUUCGGGGUACCGAAGUAUGGUGGCAAGAUGGCUCAGUGGUUAGAGCGCGGAUUUACUGACCGGUUCGAACCGACCUCAGCCUCUCGAUAUCCCCUCUCUAGGCUUGGACAGGUUGGCAUCCCAGCCCUCGUGUUUUCUUCGGAUUUCAUAGCAGCUAGGCGCCCAAAAGACUUUAUCAUCUAUGCUGUAUCCGGCCUUACCGCACACUUGGACCGCCUGGUCCACGUCUUGUCAGAGACCGUACUUCGUUCACGUAUCACAACAGAUGAGGUAGGAAUGGCUGCACGCAGCAUUGGAUUUGAACUGCAGGCCAUGCAACGUGCUCCUCCCGUAGAACCAGUCAUAACGGAGUUGCUACACGGAGCCGCUUUUGGUGGAGAACAACCGCAAACCCUAGGGCUCCCUCGGUACUGUCCGCUUGAGAAUCUGGAGAAAAUCACUCGUGAUGACAUCAUUAGCUUCCUGGCGAGCUAUUACAGAGACUUUAUCAUCUAUGCUGUAUCCGGCCUUACCGCACACUUGGACCGCCUGGUCCACGUCUUGUCAGAGACCGUACUUCGUUCACGUAUCACAACAGAUGAGGUAGGAAUGGCUGCACGCAGCAUUGGAUUUGAACUGCAGGCCAUGCAACGUGCUCCUCCCGUAGAACCAGUCAUAACGGAGUUGCUACACGGAGCCGCUUUUGGUGGAGAACAACCGCAAACCCUAGGGCUCCCUCGGUACUGUCCGCUUGAGAAUCUGGAGAAAAUCACUCGUGAUGACAUCAUUAGCUUCCUGGCGAGCUAUUACAGACUUAUCGAUCUGGAAUAUGCAGAUGACAUCGUUCUCGUCUUUGAAGAGGAGAAGGAGACGCAGUGUGCACCCACAAAGUGCAACGUUAUGCUUAUGGACAUGCAGUUACUGAACACGCCACUUACAGUCUGA